UUUUUAUUUGUUCUAUGACCUCCCAGUUCCCGCUCUUAUCCGUCUUUAGUCUGUACACUCUCCAUCGUUCUUUGAUCGUGGUGUCGUCUUUCCGCCUCUUACGACAUUUCAACCCUCUCCUUUCUUCUCCCCCCCAGUAAUAUGUGAGCUAUCUCAUGAGUCUGUUGGGGGCAGGUACUACGAAUGAAGAACGACGAAUGAAGCUCUGAGUCUUUCGCUGCAUGGCAGACGAUUGUUGUUUCUUGUCAAUAUGGUGUCCCGGUGGCCAGCGCUGGUCGCAAAGUAUGCUUCUUCGCGUGCGACAGGAGGUUUCUCUCGCCAUGCGGUAUCGCGUCUCUUAGACUGUAGUGCGCAACCUAGCGGGGCUCUUGCUGUUGUGUGCGGUCGGCGACAAUGGAAUAGCACACGCGCGAAGCAGCCUACCGUCUUGCCCGCCCUCCCGAAGGAACCAUUUGAGAGGCGCAACAAUAUAUCAAGGCGAAGCAUUCCUGUGACAGCUUACUCGACCGUCGUCGAGCCGUCUUCUGUACCCUACUCGGGUCUUACCGUAGGUGUACCGCGGGAGACAUUCGUUAAUGAGCGGCGGGUGGCAAUCACUCCUCAAAAUGUCGCGCUUCUGAAGAAGAAAGGGUUCGGUAAUGUCUUAGUCGAACGUGGUGCUGGUGCGCUAGCCGACUUCCCGGAUGAAGCUUACGAGAAGGCCGGCGCCACCCUAGUCGACACGGAUCGAGUUUGGAGUCAAGCUGAUAUUGUGCUGAAAGUUCGAGGACCCAAUGUCAAAGAGAUUGACCGUCUUAAAGAAGGCGCAACGAUAAUCUCAAUGCUCCAACCAGCCCAGAACAAGGACAUUGUAGAGCGUCUCGCAACUCGAAAAGCGACUUCCUUUGCCAUGGACAUGAUCCCGCGAAUUUCUCGUGCCCAAGUCUUCGAUGCGCUCAGCUCGAUGGCAAACAUCGCUGGUUAUAAAGCGGUCCUGGAAGCGUCGAAUAACUUUGGUCGUUUCUUAACCGGUCAAGUCACAGCGGCUGGGAAAAUCCCGCCUUGCAAAGUUCUCGUCAUUGGCGCUGGCGUUGCUGGUUUGAGUGCAAUUGCUACAGCACGCAGGAUGGGCGCAAUUGUCCGUGGUUUUGAUACGCGUUCUGCUGCAAGAGAGCAAGUUCAAUCGCUUGGUGCAGAAUUUAUCGAGGUCGAUAUUCAGGAAGAUGGCUCAGGUGCUGGGGGCUAUGCCAAAGAAAUGUCACCCGAAUUUAUCGCUGCCGAGAUGAAACUGUUCACUGAGCAGGCUAGGGACGUCGAUAUAAUCAUCACAACAGCUCUUAUUCCCGGAAAGCGCGCUCCAAAACUGAUUACCAAGGCAAUGGUCGAAGUCAUGAAGCCUGGCUCUAUCGUGGUAGACUUGGCUGCUGAAGCCGGAGGCAACUGCGAGGUGACCGAAGCUGGCAAACUGGUGACGUAUAAAGAUGUGAAAAUCAUUGGUUACACCGACUUGCCGUCUAGGCUACCUACGCAAUCGUCAACUUUGUAUUCGAAUAACAUUGUGAAGUUCCUCCUAUCAAUGGCCCCUCAAGACAAGUCAUUCGGUAUCGACUUGAGCGAUGAAGUUGUUCGAGGCGCCAUUGUUACUCAGAACGGAAAUAUCUUGCCGCCCGCGCCUCGCCCAGCUCCACCGCCAGCUCCGGCACCCAAAGCGACUACUAAGCCAGAGGAAGAGGUCGUUGCGCUGACUCCUUUUCAAAAAACUUCUCGCGAGGUAGCCACCGUGACUGCUGGUAUGGGUGGUGCUCUUGCUCUCGGCAAGUUUACAGGUCCAAUUUUCAUGGGUGAAGCCUUUACUUUCGCACUGGCUUCUCUGAUCGGCUACCGUGUUGUGUGGGGCGUGAACCCGGCUCUACAUUCGCCGUUAAUGAGUGUCACCAAUGCUAUAUCUGGUAUGGUUGGUAUAGGCGGUUGCUUCAUUUUGGGUGGUGGAUAUCUCCCUGAAACCAUCCCACAAGCUCUCGGUGCUGCAUCUGUGCUUCUUGCUUUCGUCAACGUUUCCGGUGGCUUCGUGAUCACGAAGAGAAUGCUUGACAUGUUUAGGCGGCCAACUGAUUUACCGGAAUAUCCAUGGCUAUAUGCUGUUCCUGGUGUGCUAUUUGCUGGUGGAUAUGUCGCAGCGGCCUCAACCGGUGCUGCAGGACUUGUUCAAGCAGGGUACAUGGUCAGCUCGAUUCUCUGCAUAAGCUCCUUAUCAGGUUUGGCUUCUCAGGCUACAGCAAGAACGGGUAACCUACUUGGAAUCCUCGGUGUUGGUUCAGGUGUCCUCGCUUCUCUACUAGCCGUUGGGUUUAGUCCCGAAGUACUGACUCAAUUCGGGUUCCUUGCUACUAUCGGGAGCAUUCUCGGGUUUGUUAUCGGCAAACGCAUCACGCCCACAGACCUUCCUCAAACUGUCGCAGCGCUCCAUUCCGUCGUUGGUCUGGCUGCAGUACUGACUAGCAUCGGUAGCGUCAUGGGAGGCCUUGAUCAUAUCUCGACUUUACACCUCGUCACGGCUUACCUUGGGGUGAUGAUUGGCGGUAUCACGUUUACUGGAUCCAUCGUCGCAUUCAUGAAAUUAGCAGGGAAGUUGUCUUCGAAACCAUUAAUCCUUAAGGGUCGUCAUCUUAUUAACUCUGGCAUGCUUGCUGCUAAUAUUGGGACGAUGGGUGCCUUUGUUACGAUGGCUCCUGGCUCACCUAUGAUUGCUGCCGUGGCACUUAGCGCAAAUACAAUACUAUCAUUCGCUAAAGGGUUUACAACUACGUCCGCGAUUGGCGGGGCAGACAUGCCGGUCGUUAUCACAGUUCUCAACGCGUACAGUGGCUUUGCCCUGGUUGCCGAAGGCUUCAUGCUCGAAAACCCCCUUCUAACCACGGUCGGCGCGCUGAUUGGAGUCAGCGGCUCCGUACUUUCUUACAUAAUGUGCGUGGCAAUGAAUAGGUCUCUUACAAACGUACUCUUCGGCGGUAUAUCUGCACCUGCGACGACAGAUUACAAGAUCGAAGGGUCGGUAACCCAGACAAAUGUUGCAGACACAGCAGACGCACUUAUGAACGCCGAAAACGUGAUUAUAGUCGUCGGCUAUGGUAUGGCGGUCGCAAAGGCUCAAUAUGCUAUUAGCGAGAUAACGAAGACGUUGCGCGCAAAAGGGGUCAACGUUCGCUUUGCCAUUCACCCUGUCGCAGGUCGAAUGCCGGGACAGUGCAAUGUUCUAUUAGCGGAAGCAAGUGUACCCUACGAUAUCGUGCUUGAAAUGGACGAGAUCAACGACGAUUUUAGCGAAACAGAUGUGGUCUUGGUCAUAGGUGCUAAUGACAUCGUCAACCCUCUUGCGCUGGAACCAGGUAGUCCAAUUGCGGGAAUGCCUGUCCUUCAUGCUUGGAAGAGCAAACAGGUGGUAGUGAUGAAACGCGGAAUGGCCAGUGGUUAUGCUGAUGUUCCUAACCCCAUGUUCUACAUGCCUGGAACGAAGAUGUUGUUCGGUGAUGCUAAAACUACUUGCGAUGCCCUCAAAGCAGCUGUCGAAUCCCGAACCUAGAAUAGAAGCGCCUUGUUUAUUUUGAGCGCCCAUUUUAGAUACUAGCAUCUCGUUCGCAUUUAGAUUCUACCUAGAGUCGUGGAUAUCAUGUUUUUCAUUUCUUCGCACUUUUAAGGACAAUAUUAAAGACGGAGACU